CUGAACAGGGAAGAGGACACAUCGCUUCUCCAUGGCCCAGUACACCCAGAGCACAGGUCUGUCUUGUAUUGACGACUGGGGGUGGUCCGAAUCCCAGAAUGACGCCCCGCCUGCUGCAGGUUCCGUACCAGCAAGGAGUGCGGGGCCCGUCUGUGGUGCGGAAUACGCGAAGGUCACGGAGUGUGCGGCCUUUGCACCGCGUUCCCAGGUUGUGACAGGCACUCCUGCUUUGUCGUCGCCAGUGACGCCUGUUCGCGGGUUCAGAAUCGGGCUAGGCGGUGAUGAUGAGCACACUCUCCGACAGCGUCUGAGAAUGCGUGCAAUGGCUAUGGCCGACGGGCUCACCCCGGCCAUGGACAAACGGCCCGUGGGUGGCUAUGAGACGUCUCAGGCUCGCAAUGCAGGAAGCCAGCAUGGCAGUCCCGGUCCAUCGAGUGUUAGUUCUGUGAACACAAACACGAUGCCGUCCCAACAGUCAGGUGCUCCCAGUGCAAUGCUGCCGGUUGGGCACGGGAGUCCUCGGGCGUCGUCAGAACCGUUGUGCGAUGGUGCUCUUGGGCAGCAGGUCAGUCAGUAUGCCACGUCAUCUGAGUACGUCCUCAACUGCAUCAUUAAUGACAUAGAGGCUGGUGUCAACCCGACGGAGCAUGUCGAUGCUGGGCGUGACGGAGGUCAGGUUGUUGCCUCGCAAACAACCCCGUCAGACACACCUCCCCGGUGUGGAUCGUCCGGCGGUGCAGCUGCGGGCACUCCGCCCCCAAUGAGCACGGAAUCCGGGUCGCAUCACACACCUCCCCGGUGUCCAUCUUCUGGAGGCGUUGCUGCGGGCAGCCCAUCCCCACUAACCGGGGAUGGGUGUUCUCACACACCACCCACCACAUUACAAGGCCCGGGAACGUCUGCGGGAGGGCCAUCUGCGGGCCACCCUCCACGACCGUGUCAGGUGGAGAAGAAUACGGAUCGGUGGGGGGAGACCAAAACUGAGUGGUUGUGCUGGUGCAGAAACGAGGCGAAGGCGUUGAUGGGGGAAGAGACGGAAGCGUUCGGGCGCGCGAGGCUAAAAGCUGGUUUUUGGAAAUAUGAGGAAGAGCGCAUGCGUGCGAAGGGUUACAACCGUGCAGACGACCAGUGCAAGAACAAGUUCAACCAGAUCCUUGACUACUAUAGAAGAUUGAAGGCGCACGAGAGAUGGUCCGGUUUGCCGAGCUACUGGGACAUGAAUCAGACAAGGCGGAAGAAGUACAACGUCGACUUUGUGCUUCGUCGAAGUUGGUACGACGUCAUACACCCGGUGGAGAAGGACAAGGACUCUAUUAACCUCUCCAAUUUGAUGGAUUCAGGGGCGGACGAGGAGCGUCUUGAAGAUGGAGAGGGGGUGAAUGACGGUGAUGGCGAGAUGGAUGGUGAUGGUGGAGAUCCGACGGUCGGGUCUGGCAGUUCGGCCGGCGGCUCACGGUCGACAGGUUUCGACCCAACGCUCGGUAAACGAAAAAGAACUGCCAGCAAUGCACGUGAAUCUGGUGUAGAGGCUGUGACAGCUGCCAUGCGUGCUCACACGACAGCGCUGACACGAUCAGACCUCACUAUCGCGAAGAUGCGUUGUGAAGCAACACGUGACAUUGCUAAGCAGCAGGCCGAGCUAUGUGUCCGGGCAGUAGCAGAGUUCCAUGACCAGGCAACCGCCGGUCAUAUGGGCUUCCACAAGACGUUGGCUCGUGUGAGCCGCCUGUACGUCUGGCCGAAGCGCAAGGACUUUGUGAAGGACUACGUCGCAGAGUGUCCCACGUGUCAGGAGGUGAACAAUGCGAAUCACUUGCCUUAUGGUUUGAUCCAGCCUCUUCCUAUCCCUGAGGGUCGUUGGCAGUCCAUCUUGAUGGACUUUAUCGGUCCUCUUCGCCCUCCGACCCCCCGCAGUCAUGAUGCUAUCCUGGUCGUCAUCGACUGCUUCAUGAAGCGUGCACACUUUGUUCCGUGCCGCUAUGCCAUCAGUGCACGUGAGCUCGCCGACAUCGUGUUUGACCGAGUCGUACGUGACCACGACUUACCUCUGAGCAUCAUAUCUGACCGUGACCCGCGCUUUACCAAUCGGUUAUGGCGACGGCUCCACAAGGUUUACAGCACCCACCUCCACUUCUCCUCGUCUUACCAUCCCCAGACUAAUUGUCAGACCGAGGUCACAAACAUGACUCUCAGAGAUAUUCUCCGAAAGAUUAUUCGUGACGACCAGCAGUGGGAUCUCCAUCUUGCCUACGCGGAGAUAGCCUACAACCACGACGUCUCGCUAGCCACGGGGAUGUCGCCUUACUAUGGCGACCUUGGCUAUCACCCUCGUGUUCCCGCGGACUUCCUUCGACCGUCACAGAUGCACCCCGACACGACUUGUCCCACGCUGGAUGAUUGGGUUGCACACAUGACGUCGAUCAUGAAGACCGCACAUGAGCACAUAGCCUCUUCCCAGACUCGCAUGGCAGCACAUGCGAGCUGAUCGAGGAUGGAUCAUCCAUUCAAAGUCGGUGAUGAUGUGUUUAUCGACGCCUGCCACUUACAGCUCGAAGCAGACACGCUU